AGGCUCAGCUUAUAUAUGACUAAUAAAACAGGUGGCUUUUUGCUGCCUUGCCCUGAUACUAGGGUGAUACUUUUCUCCUGUAUGUUGUCCUUACUCAGCCACAGUGCUGUCACAGGCAGGGAAAUAUUCGGGUCCUCUGUACACGAAUUCCGCCAUUGUGUGCACAACAGCGGAAAGUCCAGAGGUCUACCUAAAGGAUGGGAGUUGGAUUACACACCAGAAGGAGUUGCAUAUUUUAUUGACCAUAACAAUCAGCAGACUACAUUUAGUCAUCCAGUAACUGGCAAGCCUCUUUCUGAAGACAACAUUCCUCCUCCCCCAAGUUCACCACCUCUAAGCCCUGUAGAUGACAUUGACUUUAGAAGGGGGACAGCAAAACAGAGGAGCCUUAAAGCUCCGACAGCCAAGAGGAAUCCUGUUUCCCGGGUGAUGAGAAGUGGCUUUCUGUACAGGCUGGAAAGUGGUGGACUUUCCAAGACCUGGAAACGAAGAUGGUGUGUUGUUGCGGACUUUGCUUUGUUUGUUUACAAAGGUGAUGAUGAAAAAGCAAGCCUGGGAUCUAUUCUGUUACCAAGCUACAGAAUCAACCCUUGCACUAUAGAAGAUCGCAUACAGAAGGAGUUUGCUUUCAAGCUUGAACACGAGAAUACAAAAACAGUGUACUUCCAUACCGACACGCAGUCUGACCUCAAUGGCUGGAUAAGUAGUCUCCAGCAAGCAGCCAUGAUGAAAGGGAAUAGUGGAUUUGUGCGUGAAGCCAAUAACAACAUUAGAGCACAGAACCAUCAAAGGAUCACCAACAGCCUUCCCCCUGAUCAUCCAAAUACAUAUGCUGAGAAGCCUCUAAAUCAUCACAACAGCAUAGAUGGUCAUCAGCAGGGUUUAGAGUCCUGGGCUGAACCUCACUGGAAGAACCCUAACCCUGGACAAAAUCAGCCAAUGUACACAGGAAAAGGCCCCCCACCCAAUCCGGCAAAUGGCUGGAUGGGUAAUGCUCAGUGGAGGUCCGUUCCAGAUCUUGGCCGGGACAAUUAUGACCCCAGAAUGGGACAAAGAGAUGGUAGCUAUGACCCACAUGGAAGUUUACAUAGUUUGCCCCCAGAGAUGCACAGGACUGCAAAUGGUUCCUCAUCAAGAAGUAAUUCAGGACCUUGGGGACAUUCACAGGAUCCUUUGCACCAUCCUAGGGCAGAUGCUAAUGGAGCCCUGAAUGAUCCCCAAGGAAGUUUGAGAAGCUUGCCUGGGGAUGUUUACAGAACUUCUCCAGCUCAGUCCCAGGUGACUCAGACUGGUUCAGGUGUCAUACCUAGUCUUCCUCAAGACAGAGGCAGAAGUGACCCCUACCAGAGGUCCUCUGUAGUCAGUGACCAAGGUCGAAGUGACAGCUCCAAUCGAGGGAGCUAUGCCAGCUGGCAGAGAUUGCCAGUUGAAGCUCGGCCUGAUGGAUAUUACAGUGGUGCACGUAGAGACCAAAGUAAAAGUUCUGUGGAUGAAAAUCAUGGUGUUAGUGAUGAGUCUGAAUUUUCAGGGUCAUACCGAGUCAACAGUGACCGGCCACUGAGUGAUGUAAGUAAGGAUGGGGGUGUGAAGGGCCGAGAGCCAGGAGGCUGGUGGGAGGGUAGUGGAAGGCCUGCAGGACCUAUGUCGCCAAGAGAGAGACAGGAUGCUAGGUUUCCAGAGAAAAAUAGGAGAUAUCCUGAUAGUGGCAGAGAGAGAGAAUCAUAUCAAGGGAAGAGCCAGUCAUCCAGUGACCUCGAUCCUUCUCGAGGACAGUUGCCACCUGGGGCCCAGAACCCUCAGUCUUUUAAGUCACAGGACCCUCGUGCAUCCUAUGCCAGUUCUGGCCGGCACAGUCUGGCUGGAAGCAGUCAUGCAGACAUCCCUGGUCACCACACAUCAAAACAAAGUCUCAAGCAGCCUCAUGAAAAUAACUCCAGUGCCAGUCAAAAUAGUUUGUCACGCAUGCCUCCAUUACCUGCGCAGCAUCAUGCCAAUGAGCAGGGACACACUUACGUCAACUUGCCUGAGAUGUCUAGGAUGGCAGAACGGAGAAGUGACUCACCACCACCCCGGCGUCCCCCUUACCCGACAGCCGUUCGAGAUCAGAUCGUCAGAGAAAUAGCGGACACUCACAGCCCUGCAACAGCAGAACGCCUAAUGACGGCUAAUGAGUUGAACAAGGAACGUAUGCAGCAAAUCCCAUUCUUUCAGUACCCAACACCUCCACAUGAACAGACUCAGCGUAAACUUCAAAGGCCAGAUGAGAAUAGGGAGGCAGAUCCUGCCAAGCGUCUGUUCCAGUCCAGUGAUUCACAGAAGCACUUACUGCAACAGAGUGACUCGCAAAAGCGCUUGUCUCAUUCUAGUGACUUGCAAAAACACCUGUCCCAGUACAGUGACUCCCAGAAGCGCCUGUCCCAGUACAGUGACUCCCAGAAGCGCCUGUCUCAGUCCAAUGACUCGCAGAAGCGCCUGUCCCAGUCCAAUGACUCGCAGAAGCGCCUGUCCCAGUCCAAUGACUCGCAGAAGCGCCUGUCCCAGUACAGUGACUCACAAAAGCGCCUGUCCCAGUACAGUGACUCACAGAAGCGCCUAUCUGGUGCGCAGUUUAGUGAGAGGGGGUUACAGCAGAGUGAUGUGGGAGGAAGUCGUUCAAAUCAAGCCUAUUCUGAUGAUAACAAGCAGAGCAACAGGCGCCAGGACUCUGGAUCGGGGCGUUUCAGUGACUCGUUUGAGCAGGAGACAGGAGAUGGCCGCAGGACAGCUGUUGACAGCAGAGCAGGACUGUCAUUAGGGAUCAGUAAUGGCACUGAAACAUCACAAAGAUCUUCCACUGAUCAGAAUGCACUUCCAUCACAAAAAUCUUCCACUGAUCAGGAAGCAAGAACCUUACGCCAGGCCUUUGGAAGGGUUCAGUCUUUCCGGCAGAGUGCCACUGAUAACCAGAUGAAACGACAGAUUCAGACUGUCAAGGAGGAACCAGAUAUGCCUGACAGUGAAGUGCUGGAAACCAAGCUGAAGAAGAACAAGUUGAAUGGAGUACGCCUUCGAAUGAGCAUAUCUGCUGGAGACUUAAUAGGAAAGACACAUGAUGAGCUUGUCCUGCUGCUGAUUCAGCUGAGAAGGAAUCAGGCGGCCUUAGAAAAAGCACGUGACUUUUAUCGUGAACAGCUUAACAAAUCUCGCUCCAUGGAAAGAGAAUACCGCAGACAACGCAAUGAUUCUCUGGGACAAAUGGAUCGCAGCCUAGAGGAGGGACAUCAGAGCUUUGUUGACACUCGGACACAUUUGGAUGAAGUGGAGAAAAAGCUGGAAGUGUAUCGCCCAAUCAUCAGCCUUGUGGACAACAUGGUUACUAUGGGCAGUCUCUAUGGGGACAACCUCAUGCUGGCCACUCAAUAUAGAAAGCAUUUGCUUCGGCCAGAUCAGUACCAGCCUCCCCGUAAGAUGCUAGAGUUCUCUCGCAAGUAUCAGGAGGAGCGUGUUGUUGCCAGCAUAGAGAAUGACAUCCGACAGCUGACAGCAACAGAGGUCGACCUUGAAGAGAAAAUAGAACGCUUAAAUGAACUUGAUCGUCUUCUGCAAGAGCAGAGCUUCAAAGUCUCCAGUUUUCGAGAGGAUAAGGAACUUCUUGAGAAGGCUUUGGCAGGAAUUCUGCGACAGAAGAAAGACUUCCAGAACAGCCCACAGGAACAAAGACACCUAACUCAGCAGCUGAAUUCAGUGGAGAAGGAACUGUCACGGGUUACCCAGGAACUUGCAGAAGCUUCUAAGGCUUUAGAGGAAACAACUGCUGAGAACAACAAAAUUGAACAUGAAGUGGCUUUGCUGCGGACCAAAGUGCAUGGUGAACUCAAGCGCAGCAAGAGUGCUCCUUCCCUGGCAUCAGAAAAUGCUAACACUAAAGUCAAGAUGGAACGGGAAUUGGCACGUGUACAGAACAUGCUACAAGGGCUGUCACAGCAAGGGGAAAAACUCUCUCAGGCCAUGAGCACUAUCAGACGAACAUCAUCUGGAACUCAGCUUGCUGCUGCCUUCGAGCGAGAUGAAGAGGAACAAGCAAAGAAAAGAGGAACAUACUUUGAGACGGAUGUUGACUCUGGGGAGCAGAUUGACCUGGCACAGCAGAUCCCACAAGCGUCACCUCUGUCACCUGCCUCUCCACAAUUACCAUAUUCACCUCCAGAACCUGAUGCUGCUGCCUCAGACAUUCCCCGUCCGAUCAUCAGUCAUGGGAGACAAGAUGGUACAUUAGACCUCAGCAGCAGUUUUUCCAAUGCUGAUAAUGCAGGAUGGAAUGGGAUAUUGGUGAUGCAGAUGACAACACCAAGCGGUUCUAUGGGAGGGGGCAUCUCAUUGUUUCAUGUUGCAGGUGUUUUAAUGCUUAGAGCUAGAAAGUCAAGCCAGGAUGUGGAGCAGUGUCUUUUGCCACGAGAAAAGCCUCGGGGACUUACAGUGCGGGAUGUCAAACGGCAAUCUGAGCAACGUCGAGAAAGGGAGAAAAUGAAGCGAGGGCCCGAUGAUGAUCAAGAGCGUGACUUGCAAGAAGUGGCCUUGAAAGUCAGUUCGACAGACAGUGAGAUGAGCACAAUCAUUCAUGCACGAUACCCAUCAUACACCAGCAGCCAGUCCAGCCUUGACCUUUCUGGCCGCGGUCCUCAGUUGUCUGCGGCACCUUUUUAUGAAAACUUGCAACGAUCAGGGUCAAUGCCAGCACUCAACAAUGGAGGCGAAGCCAGCAACUCUAGACGGUCAUCAUUAGCACUUUUGGCCCCCAAACCAUUUACACCUUAUCAGGACAAAACGUCAAAACCAUUUAGGAGUGAAAUUGCUCUCAGUACUUUAGGUGUUGGUUCAGGAUCAGGAUCACCUUUUGGUGCACAGCAUACCCCAGAGAGUGUGAUCCGUGGAUUUAAACCAAGUUCAUCUUUCCUGGGAUUGCGGGGUAGUGCUAGUAAUGUGAACAAUGGCACGAGGGAUCGUGUGAGCAAUGGUCAAUCAGGUGUUGCUGAUGUGUUGCUGGACUCUCACCUGCAGGAGCCAGUUCAUAGUAGAUCAUCCAGUCUACCAGCAUAUGCGCAGAGAGGUAACAACUCAGGUUUGCCUGGUCUGCCCCCAUGGUCUACAGAACUGGCAGCUUUGGAUACAGGAAUGUUAGAUGCCAAAAGAUCCCCAACAGGCCGUUACCUGACGAUCUCAUCCAGUGAGCCAACACGCUUGGAAUCCCAGGCGUUUUUGAGUUCAUCCUUCCAUUCUUCUGCAGGUGAUCUGAUUUCUAAUGCAAAGAUUGACAAUGUGCCUGAUAUCGUCAAGAGCUCCCAGACUCAGAUGGACAAACUUGACCAGAUAGAUCAAAGCCUCAUUGAACGAGAGAUUCUUUACAAGCCACAAAAGGUUGAGAUCCCUGAACGGUAUGAUCCUGAAGCCGAUGCUGAAGAGUUGACAGAAGAGGAGAAAGUUGAACGGCAGGAGAAAGCUGAGCGUAUCAAACGCAUGUUGGCACAUCAAAGCAUCCUAGCCAUGUCACAGCCAGACAUCAACGGGAUGCCAGUAUCCCACACUCACAGCCAGCUGGCAAGGGAAAAACAGGAACGCACAGAGUUGUUGACACUAAACCAAGAACUGGCACGCCAGGUGACACAGCGCAGCAAGAAAGCAGCAGCGGAAAGACGCAAGACCUGGUCUGGAGGACAGCUAGCAGAUAUAAAAAAGCAGUAUGAAGCAGAGCUGACUGCCAAUCCUGAUCAAUUUGUCCCUAAAAGUAGAAUCAGCCGACAAGCCAAUGUUAUUCUCUGAAAGACAAAGCAAACAGAGAUGUCUGUGAAAUGAGAGCAGUUUCACCAGUCUGGCCAGUAUCACCAUUCCUGCUGUUUUAGGAGACAUUCGGCAGUUCUCAAAUACUGCCAGAAUGGAGGGAGGGGGAGAGAGAGAGAAGUGUGCUUGUAUAAGCACUUGUGUUUGUGUGUGUGCACAUGCAUGUGUGUGUGCGGUGUAAAUGUUCACUGUGGAGAAAAAUGGAUUCACUUGUGACAUCAGAUCUUAUUUUUGUGCUGUUGGUGAGGUUCAUGCAACGAACUGUCCUUAAAUUUGCAUUAAUUUGCUGCUGCUGCUGCUGCUGCUGCUGAUGUUGUAGUAUACAGUAUCUUAAAAUGUCAUGCUGUUUUAGAGUAUUUAGCUGUUUUGUGUAGCUUUGUUUUUGGGGGGUAGCCUAAGCUAUAUAGUUUAGAUUGUUAACAUUUUUACACACACAUAUGCAUUCAUGCACUUGACUUGCAUACACACUUAUGUGCACACACACACAUGCACAUAAUCAGAGAAAGACAGAGACACCUACAUACAGGUUUGCUGUUAUUUUCUUUAGAUGCCUGUGAGUAAAAGUAACUGUGCUAGCAUAUUCUGAAGUUUAUUCUUGAUAUGCAUAUUAUUAACUGUUCAUUCCAUUGUUUUUUUUUUUUUUUUAAACAUUCAUAUCAUUUGCAUUGCGCUCAUACAGUCAUGUUGCUGUUUGGUUGUGACAAACCAGUUCUUGCCCAAUACAGUAUUUUGUAGUCUAAAGACAAAAUUGAGGUGUAACACUUGAAUCGUUAGCAAAAGAUCAGCAAUUUUUUAAGCCAACAUGAAUUUUGAUUUUAUUUUUUGUUUUAAACUUCUUACUUGCUUCUGGUGUAAUAUUUAUCUACGUAUUUGUAUACCUCACUCAGAAGUUUUUGUCAGAUUGUUUGAUCAAAAGCCUGAUCAAGUAGUUGCUUAGUUUGGUGAAUUAAGUGACCGGAAUGUCAGGAUGGUCACACUUUAUGGUGAACUUGCAGUGAUAUAUUCAGAACCCUUUGAAGAUACUGCUGAAAUUUUUUUUUCACUUUGUGACCUAAACUUUUUUUUCCCUUGGAAGGAUUUAGCCAUGAAAAUAAUCUUUCCCCAAGUUUGAUCAGAUGUGUUGAAAGGGAGAUCAUGGCUUGCUCAUAAUCACAGAAAGUGAUUGCACUGAUGGUAUUGGACAAUUUUAUAAGUGGCUCUUUAAUCAUAGACUUUGUACCUAUUGUUGCUAUUUUGCUUUAAGAACAUGUAUGCUUUUCAUGUCUAUAGCCACAAACCAAAAUAAAAUACAGUUUUGUAUGUUUCUUAAAAUAAGUGCUCUUUAAAAUCAGAAUUUAUCUGCUUGUAAUGUAUAUAUGUUACAUAUUGUAGAGUGCAAACAUAUCUUUGUACAAAUGCACAUUACAAUGAAACAAUAUACAUACAUACCAGGGUGCAAGGGGGGAAACAACGAAUCUUGUUGAUACCACAUUUCUGCAAUACUCUUAUUUAUAAAUUAUUCUGUAAUUUACAAUUUUUUCACUGCAAAAAGAUCUUGUAACUUUACACCGAUCAAACCUUGAGGAUAUGAAGCUACUUUUUAAAAUGUAUCUUCAUUCUCCUUUAGUUGUGUUAUGGAUAUAUAUAUAUCCCAGAGAGCUGAAGGGAAAGAUGUUGUUGGUGCACCUUCUGUCUCUUACUAUUUUGAGUCUGUAUCAACCUUUUAUUUUCAGUAAUUUUCAUACAAGGAGGGUAUUUUUUAAAGUUAUUAUCUGAUUCACUUUGUGAGUUUAAUGCAUAAUUCCUUAAACUGUUUGCAUUAAUUUAUAUGCCAAGAAAUUCACAUGGUCUUUGCAGCUGUCUGCUUGUGCUGAUAAAAGGUUUGGUGAUUUCUACAAAAUAUGCUCUUAAAAGUAUCAUUUUUGAAACAUCUAAACAUUAAUGGUUAUGUUUAAAAAAUAAAAGUGUUUUAAUUCUUCCAGGAGACAAUGAAUAUAUAGAAAAUAUCCAUAAAAUAUAAUUUGAGGAAUAUCGUAUAACAAACAGGAAAAUAGUUGUUACAAGAACAUUUGACAAAAAGAUAUGUUUACUAAACUGCAUGAAACAUGCCUUCAUGGAACAGAAAAAAAAGUUAGUACAAAAGACUGGUUGUGAGCAUGCAGAUUGUUUGAAUCACAAGUCAUCAGUAACUCUGCUGAGUAAAAGACAAUAUUUUGUUACUGGACUGGACCUUGAUGCCAUUUUUGUAGAACUUCACCUGUGAAGAUCAUUUUUCACUUUGAAGCUGUGUGUGUGAUUGCAAGUAUUUUUAAUUAUACGUUCAUCAUAUUCUGAUGAUUGUUUUAUGACAGGUCCCAUUGUAAUUUUUAUGUACUCUAACAAGUUUAGUUCAAAUGAACAUAAACUGUAGCACAUUUAUGUCUCCUGUUAAAGAUCUAGCAUGAUAAAAAGUCUUUUUUAAAUCACUGGAUUGAGCUGAGUGCAGGGUGAGAUUUUCCCCAAAUGUGGAUGAGUCGCUACCCCUGUUCUUGAGACAUACAUCUACAAAUAUAACCAUGCACAGAAUGAAGUCCAACUUGUGACAUCACUAUUAUCCAGAAAUAUGCCUAAUAUAUAGUACCAGCUCUGAUUGGCUGACAUCAUAACAACAUACAUCUAACUAAAUAUAGAUUUCCCGUUUGUAAGAUCUGACUUUUAUAAUAAUUAAAGCAAAAAAGGAGGAUGCUAACCAUUUAUAAUUGAGGUAGGGGUUUGUAGGAUAAGUAUGUGUAUGUGUGUGCGCAGGCAUGCAUGUGCCUGAGAGGAGUACUAGAAUGUAGAGUCAAAAUUUCUGUAAGAUAAAAGCAGUUUAAAGAUUACUUUAUGCGGAAAGAGCAGUUAAAUCAAUUUAGUGCAUUAAAAUGAAUAACCUGUCCAUGUGUUGCAACUAUGCAAAUAUAAAAAUUAUGUAUAUGUGUGCAAAGCUUAAAAAUAUUUACUUGCAGGAUGCCAAGAAUCAAAGGAGUUUAAUGACCUAAUUUGUGAGCUCUAUUUUCCCACCGAAUUAUUUUGUCAUCAUCAAAAGUGUGUUGACAAACCUCUUUUGGCUUUUCUGCCACAGGUUGGUCUAUAUUUACAUCAGACUGCAGUUUGCUGUCCUAAUUUUCUAUUCAACAUGUCUUCCUGUCAGAAUUCUGAAUUUAUAUCUCAAGGUCAGGGCCAGUAUUCUUGUGGAACAUGCCCUUGUUGAUUGUAAAAUUAUUAUAUUGUGAUGAAUUACAAACAUGCAAUCAAAAUUAUUAAAAAUUGGAAAUGCAUGAAAUAUUGUCAUGUUUAUGUAUGAUGGGACUAAUUUAUAGUAUCAUGCACAAACAAAAAGUACAAAAAUUUUAUUAAAUUUUUUUUUUUGUUAGAGGAAUGCUCUACUUUUUGGUUGUUUUAAGCUGUUUGUUUGAAUUUAAAAAAAAUAUUGUGCAGUUGAAUUUUGUGUAUUAAAAUUAAAUAUUAAAAUUUUUACAGUCCUUUAGCAGAGUCUGGACACCUCUCUGCCAAAUCUGUAAAGGCCAAUUCUAAACUAUUUUCCUGUAAAUAAACUUUAUUUAAAACAUAUUACCUCAGCACCAGCAUUGCAGAGCUACACCAUAUCCUUUACAAAAUUUAAAGGAAUUAUCAUAGACAUGUCUUGCAACAAUCUUUGACAACUUUUGAAAGCUUGAGGUGUUUUUAAUGAAAUAUUGUCAUACUCAGUUUAGCCAAUGUUCAAAUGUUCAAUUUCCCUACCACCACAUCCAUUGAAUAACUUCAGAUUGUUGCACCAGUUGACUGAAACUGUUACAAUUUCUUAGGAUAAAAACAGACAUGGUUUCAAAAAUUAGUAACCACAAUAGAUGAGGGGGAAAAAAUAGACAAACCAUCUACAGAAUGAUGUGUGCAUUUUGUAGAAAUUAUUAGAGAAUAUUCCGGCCUUCUGUAUCUUUCACAACUGCAACUUUUCUUGCUCAUGACAGAGAGGCAUCAAUGAAUGAAAAGCUGAGCAGUUGUGCAUGAACAAUUUCUUUUUCUGGAUGUUUUUAUCCUGCUGAUGUUCAGAGCACAUUUGUACUAUUCUUUCCAUUGAAUACUUUGUGUACAGUGUGCUUGCAAACAAGCAUGCAGAAUAUGAAAAACAUAUUUUGUGAAGGUGCCUGUUAGACUGUUUAGAAUGUCACUUGAAGUGUUGAAAAUUACCCCAGAAUGAUUGCCUUUAAGUACAUGCAAACAGAUUGCAGAAAUGCAGUCAGAUGUUGUGUAGGAAUGUUGAAAGGAUCAGUUGCUGUGAUCAAAAGGUUAUCAACAGAUGCAUACUCUUAACAGUUUGUUGACCCACAGAUUGUUUUGUUGGCAUAUGAUGAGCAUAAUGUACUUGUACAUAUGGAUAUGAGGGUGUAUAUAUUUUUGACUUUUAAUAAAGAGAGUAUUAUAAUGGUUCUAUA